AUGAGAAACUCACACAGUCACACUCAGAAACACGUUGUUCCAUCUCCAUCUUCUUCUCCUUCGGGAAAAUGGAGCCAAUGCUCCGAAUGCGGGAAGAAAUUCUGGUCCGAGAAGGCUCUGCACGGCCACAUGCGCUGCCAUCCGGAGCGUGAGUGGCGCGGGAUUAAUCCGCCCCCAAAAUUCCGAAGACCGUCGCAACCGCAACCGCAACCACCGCAGACAACGGUGAUCACCCAGGAAGAGCACGAGGUUGCUGCUUGUCUUCUCUUGCUCGCAAAUGCAAAUGCCAAAGGAGACACAUGUAGCAGCAGCAAGAGUGAAAUUUCGUGCAGCAGUAGUCAUCAUCAUCACAAGUGCAGUAUAUGCUUGAGGGUUUUUUCGAGUGGACAAGCGCUCGGUGGACACAAGAGGCGUCACUGGGAGAAAGGAGGAGAUCUAAUUCAUCAUCAUCUUCCUCCUCCUGCUCCUGCUCCUGCUCCUGUUCUGGAUUUGAAUUUGCCUCCACCUGAGUCUGGUUCUGAUCCCAUUACAGUGCCCCUGGAUUUCGCUGCUCUGGAUUUGAGUUUGAGACUUUAAGCUAAGCAAUCUCAAUUCUCAAUCUCGAUUUCUCGAUCGAUGAUAGCUAUUACUACUAACUGCUGAAUUAGUUGCAAUUAGUUUGUGUAAUCCCUAAUUCCGUUA